AUGUAGGGGGAUUUUUUCUGAAGCUUAUAAUACAUCAGAUGAAGAAGAGAUCGAGUACAGUGCAGAGAAACGACUCGUUGACAAACUGAUGCGAGGGUAUGACAACACAGUUAGACCCGUAAAAAAUGCCUCAACGCCCAUCGUCAUACGACUCGGGAUUACACUCACGCAAAUUUUUGAUUUGGAUGAAAAGAAUCAAGUGUUAACCACAAAUGUCUGGCUAGAUCAGGAGUGGAUGGAUGAUUAUCUCAGUUGGAAUCCAGCAGAAUUUGGGAAUCUAACAAAAAUUCGAAUUCCGUGCGAGAAGAUAUGGCUUCCUGACAUUGUAUUGUACAAUAACGCCGACGACUACACCCGAGGCUACAUGAACUCUCGAGCGAUGCUGGAGCCGAGCGGCAACGUCUUUUGGCCCCCUCCCACCAAAUUCCGGAGCACGUGCCCCGUGGACGUCACCUACUUCCCUUUUGAUGACCAGACCUGCAUCAUGAAGAUGGGGUCCUGGAUUUAUGACGGCCUCCAGGUGGACGUCAUGAACAGGACGUCUGAAGUAGACCUGUCCAACUAUGUGCCAAACGGAGAGUGGGAGCUGCUGGAUGCCAGAAUCGUCCGCAACGUGGUGUACUAUUCGUGCUGCAGCGAGCCCUUCCCCGACGUGACCAUCACCCUGGUGAUCCGCAGGAAGACCCUCUACUACAUGUACAACGUCGUGAUGCCCUGCAUGAUGAUGUCCGUGCUCACUCUGCUGGUCUUCUGUCUGCCGCCGGAUUCGGGGGAGAAGAUAGCCCUGGGGGUGACCGUGCUGCUCGCCUUCUCCGUCUUCAUGUUGGCCAUCGCGGAGAAGAUGCCGGAGACGUCCGAAUCCAUCCCACUGUUAGGUAUCUACCUGACGGUGGUGAUGGCUAUCACGUCCAUUUCUGUCGUAGUCACGGUGGUGGUCCUCAACUUCCACUACCGUGGUCCCAGCAGAAAGGAGGUGCCUCCAUACCUCAGGGAACUCAUUCUACACAGGUUCGCCUCCUGCUCCUGCUACAAAUCGGCCGGGAAGAAGGCAAAGAGGACCGCCAACACCUACGAUGCCGGCAUUCAUCCGCCGUCUGCAUUCAAAGGCGAAUCUUUCCGAUUGACUAUCGACAGUCUGCACGAAGAGCUGAAAGAGAUGAAUUCAGAGCUCACCUGCAACGAGCCCAUCGUAUGUAGCAGUGGCCACAAUGUUGGCGACCAUUCUUCCAACAAGCGUCGUUCCCAUGGAGUUCCAUCAAGCAAGUCUCAAGUCAACGGUUCUUCCCCUGGCAGCGGCUGCACAGGCAGCUCAAGUGGGACUAGAAUACAGGCAGAGAUAUUAAGGACGCUGCAGUAUCUGCUGUACAGGCAGGAACAAGAAGACCACAGGAUCAGGGUCAUCGAUGAAUGGAGGCAAAUGGCUCUUGUCAUCGACCGCAUUCUCUUCUGGAUAUUCUUCGUAGUCACUGUGGUGUCUUCGCUCUCCUUCCUGGUCAUCGUACCCUUGCACAGAAGAGGCCUUCAGUUCACAUAA